GGGGAGGAGGAAGAAGAAUAUAUAUGCGAGAUGGGUUUUCUUCAAAGAGAUUUUGCAACCUAGGUACCGUUGGUUUGAAGAACAUCAACUUACUCCAUCGAUUUUCAUUUCUUCGACUAAAUCUCUAAGUUCUUGUACUUGCUUUUAGCUCCGACAAGAUUUCUGCUACAAUUCUGUGACUGAGCCUCUCAUUAGUUCUUGCUUCCAUUCAGUAUGUCUUGAAUAGCUGCUAGUAUGGACCUAAAUGCAUCUCCACUGCCAGAGGAAGAAGAAGAUUUCUUUGUUUCUCGUAUAGAAGAAGAUGCAGUCCCAGAAGAGCAUAUUCCACAUGUUGAGCGUAUAGAGUCUGGUGCUGAAAUUGCUCGUCGGGAGCGUCAUGAAAGACAACAACGAUUGAAACGGGAACGCGGUGAUGACAGACCAGUGAAACCUUAUCGCGCCCCUGUGCAAGAACAUACACAACAACAGAUUCACAGGACUUAUGACAAAACUAAGCUUCCUCCUGGUUGGUUAGAUUGUCCUUCAGCUGGUCAGGACAUAGGCGGCAUCAUUCCUUCUAAAGUUCCGCUUAGUGAUGAUUUCAAUGAACUUAUAGCUCCUGGUAAAAGAUAUUCCUUCAAACAAGUGAUUAAUCAGCAACGAAAUCAGGGAAGAAAACUUGGUUUGGUGAUUGAUCUCACAAAUACGACUCGCUAUUACCAAACGUCGGAUUUGAGAAAGGAUGCCAUCAAGCAUGUAAAGAUUCAAUGCAGGGGUCGAGACUCUGUCCCAGAAAAUGAGGCGGUAAAUGUAUUUGUCUAUGAGGUCUUACAGUUCCUUACUCGUCAAAAGUCCUCAAACCCAAAGAAAUAUAUCCUUGUUCAUUGUACUCAUGGACAUAACAGAACUGGUUACAUGAUCGUCCAUUAUCUUAUGCGGACAGUACCGAUGUCUGUUUCCCAGGCCAUAAAAAUAUUUGCUGAUGCACGCCCACCUGGAAUUUACAAACCAGAUUAUAUUGAUGCCUUGUACACUUUUUAUCAUGAAAAAAGACCCGAAAUGGUUGUUUGUCCACCAACACCAGAGUGGAAGAGAUCUUCAGAGUUAGAUCUCAAUGGUGAUGCUGUGCCUGAUGAUGAUGAUGAUGGGACCUCUGCUGUUCCAGUACUGGAAAAUAACGAAUCUAAUGUACUGAUGACGAAUGAUGAUGUUUUGGGAGAUAGCAUUCCAUAUGACCAGCAAGAGGUAUUUAGGCAAUUUUGCUACCAAGCAAUGAAGUUAAAAGCGGGGCCAAAGGGAACUGCUCAAUUUCCAGGAUCACAUCCAGUCUCACUUAACAGUGAAAAUCUACAGUUGCUAAGGCAGCGUUAUUAUUAUGCAACAUGGAAAGCGGAUGGAACACGAUAUAUGAUGCUUAUUACUUUGGAUGGAUGUUACUUAGUUGAUAGGGAUUUUAAUUUUCGGAGGGUCCAGAUGAGGUUUCCGUGCAGAAGCUCUGGUGACGCUAUUGCGGAGAGAUUUCACCAUUUUACAUUACUUGAUGGUGAGAUGAUCAUUGAUACGUUGCCAGACUCACAGAAACAGGAGAGAAGAUACUUGAUCUAUGAUCUCAUGGCAAUUAACCAUGUCUCUGUCAUUGAGCGACCUUUUCAUGAGCGUUGGAAAAUGCUAGAGAAAGAGGUUAUCGAACCUCGGAACUAUGAACGUCAGAAUAUUCAUAUUAAAAAUCCAAAUUAUAGAUAUGACAUGGAGCCAUUCAGAGUAAGAAGAAAGGCCUUCUGGUUGCUCUCCACUGUUACCAAACUGCUGGAUGGAUUCAUUCCAAAGCUAUCACAUGAUGCAGAUGGUCUCGUCUUCCAGGGUUGGGACGAUCCUUACAUACCUCGUACUCAUGAAGGCCUUCUCAAAUGGAAGUACGCAAAUAUGAAUUCGGUCGACUAUCUCUUCGAGAUGGUUGACGGUCGACAACUGUUAUAUGUGUUCGAGCGGGGAAAAAAAAAAUUGAUGGAAGGAAGUAGAGUUGUUUUUAGUGAGGGGUCAGAUCCAGCCUCUUAUGCUGGAAAGAUUAUUGAGUGUUCGUGGGACGGAGAUGAAAAUGUGUGGGUGUGCAUGCGAAUUCGAACCGAUAAAUCUACUCCAAAUGAUAUUGGGACAUACAGAAAGGUAAUGCGAAGCAUAAAGGACAAUAUAACGGAGGAAGUGUUGUUGAAAGAGAUCGAGGAGAUUAUCCGAUUACCCAUGUAUGCCGAUAGAAUAAGGAAUGAUAGUAAGGCUCAUCAGCACUCGAGUUCAGCUCGACGAAAAUGAGAAGUUGGCAACUCUUCUUCUUUUGUAGGUGUGAAAAUGGUGUCUGCUAUUAUUAUUGUUAUUAGUGACUAUGAAAAGAUGAUGAAGAGAUGUAUUUGAAUCUCAUCAACCAACCAAGGGUAAAUUUACAAUUAGUUAUAUUUGAUAUUUUAUAUGAAUUGAUUAACUAUGUAUAUCAGUUUUUGUGUUUUAUUAGCUAUUCAUUUCUCUAUCAAAGUUAUUAUUUAAUUAUG